UUGCAAUAGUGAGAGAAGAAACCAAUUUAAAAAUUAGUGGAGUUUCGAUAGUAAGAAAUAUUUAACUGAUGUUAGUAAAUCUCAUGCAGACAAGCGAAAAUCAGUUAGGUAUUAUGCAUGGGAGGAAGAGCAUACGUAUACUAUCAUAGAAGGGAUACAAUAUUUGUUUCUUUAACAUUUUUAAUAGAAUAAACUAUAUAAUAUUUAGCACAGUUAUCGUUAAUUAAAGUAAAUGUUUUGAAGUUCCCUGUUUGUAGUUUCGUUUGAAAUUGUGUUAAAAAAGUUUUAUGAACUUUUCUAAGACAUUCGGAUUUCGUUUCGAAACACAACGGUACGACAAUAUAGAUUUACUGCAAUAAGCCAACGUUUGGCAAUCGAAAUUGUAUAUUUUGGUGUGUUUUUACAAAAACUAGUUGAUAUUUGCAUAACUUUAACGACAUGGCUGAUGAGGGAGCAAAUCCGGAAAAAGAAGCCGACAAGAAAAUCGUGCACACAUAUCCGCUUGUCAAGCAUUCGGACAUGAACGAAGAAAUGCGCACAGAAGCAAUUGAAAUGAGCAUUACAGCUUGUGAAAAAUAUUCGAGCAAUUAUGAGCAAGCGGCACGUGUUAUCAAGGAAACCAUGGAUAAGAAGUUCGGCAUUUAUUGGCAUGUGGUUGUCGGAGAAGGCUUUGGCUUUGAAGUUUCCUACGAAACCAAAAAUAUUUUAUAUCUUUUUUUCGGUGGGAAUUUAGCAAUUUUACUAUGGAAAUGCUCAUAAUAACAAACAGCAUAAAUACAGUUUUGUGUGUACCUAACUAACAGCGUUACUAUGCAGAAAUUGGGCGAUAACGUAAUAACAUAGAAUUGUGUAAAGAAAAAAAUAAUACUAAAUGCCGUGAAGCAAUCGGAAAGACGAAUGAAUAUGACUAUUUAGGGAACAAAUAGGGAAAGUGUAUUAAAUUUAGUAAAGAUGACGACGAAAACAAAUGGUUUACAUACCCUCGUACCUAAAUUAUAAUAAAAGCUACAAUAAUAAUAAGAAAAAAAAAAACAAAAAUAAAA